AUGAAGCAAAACAAUGAAAAUGUAUGUCCGCUGUGCAAACGCAACCAUCAGCUGCCUGACUGCGAGCAAUUCAAUAACAUCGACGUUAAUUCAAGAUGGGAAACUGCAAAGAAGAAUAACAUAUGCUACAAGUGCCUGAGAAGUAAACAUCGACGCGCCGUCUGCAGAGCUCCAUGGUGUGGCAAAUCUGGAUGCCACAUGAAACACCAUCACUUGUUGCAUCAUGACAGAAAAGAAGAGGACCAGCUUCAACAACCACCAGAAGAGCAUGGGGUGGUAACUUCUACGAUGGAAGGCAAUGAAGAAUGUCUCCGACGUCGCGCCUAUCUGAAAAUAGUACCUGUCAUAUUGCAAGGGCCGAAGAGCAAGAUAGAAACAUACGCUCUUCUCGACGAAGGCAGCACAGUGACACUCAUCGAUACAUCGGUGGCUGACAUCCUGGGUAUUGAUGGUCCGGCAAACACGAUGUGGAUACAGGGCGUCGGCGCCAUGGUCAAGCAUGAACACAGCAAGACAACCAGCGUGAAAAUCAAGGGCAAACACUCUUCAACCAUCUUCAAGCUAGAUCAAGUCCGCACAGUGGAUCGACUGGAUAUCACUACCCAGUCGGUCGUCGACAGCGACAUAAAGGAGUGUGGUCACCUGAAAGAAAUACAAGAAGAACUCGUCUACCACCGUGCCUCCCCCAAGUUAUUAAUAGGACAAGAUAACUGGGAUCUCAUCGUGUCAAGAGAAGUACGGGCGGGACGUCGUGACCAACCGGUAGCAUCCUACACGCUACUAGGUUGGGUUCUGCAUGGUUGCAAGACGUCUCUCAGCAACCCGGUGACUUUCUGCGGGCACCUGGUGGAGAAGAAAGAUGACGUCAACAUAGAAGAAAUGAUGAAAAAUUACUUCAAGCUGGAGUCACUAUGCAUCGAACCCAGAAAACCAAAAAAUGAUCCAGAGCAGCUAGCUUUGAAAAUACUAGAACGAGAAAGUCGCCGUCUUCCGAAUGGAAGAUAUGAAACUGGGCUACUCUGGCGAGAAGACAGCAUGAAAAUACCGAACAAUUACACCGAAGCAAGAAAACGCCUGCAUAACCUCGAAAAGAGAUUAGACAGAGAUGAAGACCUGAAAAUUAAAUACAACGAACGAAUCAAUAACCUACUCACGUCGGGGUAUGCAGAGCACGCCAAGACACCGCCAGCUGAAGACAGAACAUGGUACCUGCCACACUUCCCGGUUGCGAACCCAGCGAAGCCACACAAGCCGCCGCGACUGGUGCAUGACGCCUCCGCUAAGACUGCAGGUCUCAGCCUAAACGACCUGCUGCUUUCUGGACCUGACCUGUUGCAAUCACUGCCUGGGGUGGUGAUGAGGUUCAGACAGUACGCCUACGGAGUCUCUGCUGAUAUCAAAGAGAUGUUUAUGCAAGUAAAAAUUAAGAAAGAAGACCGCGACGCGCUCCGUUUCCUGUGGAGAGGUGACCGGCGGGAGGGCGACCCAGACGAGUACCGCAUGACGUCAUUAAUAUUCGGAGCGACGUCAUCACCCUGCACAGCUCUGUAUAUAAAAAACCGCAACGCAGAAGACUACGCGCAUAUAUAUCCCGACGCCGCAAUCGCUAUACGAAGAAAUCAUUAUAUGGACGACUAUCUACAAAGCUUCUCAUCAAUCUCAGAAGCCAGAAAAAUAACAAGAGAAGUCGAUUAUAUACAUAAACAAACCGGCUUCGUACUCAGCGGAUGGGCAUCAAACAAUCGCAAUACUAUCGACGAGUUUAUAGCAAGCGAGCGAGACAACACUUCAGAGAGCGGGACAAAUAGUACAGCGGUUCUGAUUGGCGGGAGCGAUACUGAGCGAGCUCUCGGCUUGUUAUGGGAUAUAAAUGAAGACAUAAUUGGAUUUCAAGUUAACAAAAUAAAAACGCCGCAAGAUAUAUUAGAAAACAAACGGAUACCAACGAAAAGAGAAGCGCUCAGCAUCAUCAUGGCACUCUUCGACCCCCUUGGCCUCAUAUCACCCAUCACAACGCCAGCGAAAAGAUUACUGCAAGAUACAUGGCGCUAUAAAACAGGCUGGGACGAAUCGCUACCAGAAGAACUGCAGCCAGCAUGGAGUACUUGGUUGACAUCAUUGCGAACUGUACACAAGAUACGCAUACCACGAUGCUAUGAUGUCACACCAGUGGUCACCCAUCAUCUGCAUACCUUCGUGGAUGCCAGUGAAGAGGCGUACGCCGCGGCAGUGUACUGGCUGUCACAAAGAGCCGACGGUACCACACAUGUCACCUUGGCCGCCGCUAAAAGUCGCGUCGCACCGCUCAAGCCCGUCUCAAUCCCGAGACUUGAACUUCAAGCUGCGUUAAUGGGUGCGCGCCUCACACAUACCGUGGCGGAGGAGCACGACUACGAAAUAGCGAGUAAAACAUACUGGAGCGACUCUCGGACAGUCCUAGCAUGGAUAAGGUCAGAACCAAGGGCCUUUAAGACCUUUGUGGCUCACCGCCUGGCUGAAAUAGAAGACACAACAAAGAAAAAUGAAUGGCGGUGGGUCCCUACACAUGAAAAUGUAGCUGAUGAUGCCACCCGAGGUAUACCAAGCGAAUUCGGACCACAGCACAGAUGGUUCAACGGGCCAUCAUUUUUACAUCAGCCAGAAAACGAGUGGCCGCGAGAAACAAGAACAGCGAUAUCAGUCACGGGCGAAGAGCGAGAGAGAUGCCAUGUGACCGUUACAAGUACGGCUCACGCACACUUACCUGACAUCAACCGAUUCUCGCGGUGGCUGCCGCUCAUCAAAUCGACUGCGCGCGUGCUACAAUUUGUCGAUCUCUGUCGACCUCAAAGAAAUAUUGUAGCCGCCACGAAGAAACGAACCAAGAAGAAUGAAAAGGGCGAUGUUGACUGGAGAAAAAAGAAUAAUGAAAAAAUCAUAACAAGAAAUGGAAGAACGAAAAUAACGACGCCCAGCAUCCCGGUGCCAGCGCAGUACCUACUUGAAGCCGAGAGAAUGUGGAUGCGAGCCUGCCAGGAAGAUAGUUUCGGGAAUGAAAUAUUGCGAAUAAAAAAGGGAAGUCCAUUGAAUAAACAAGACAGACUGACAGCGCUAACAACAUCGAACGUAGAAAAAGAUGUACUCAACCCACCCGUGUUAGACGGGAAACACAGAUAUACACGUCUGUAUAUACAACAUAUACAUGAAACAAUGCACCACGGCGGUAUAGAAACGGUAGUGAAUGAGCGGCAGCGGCUGUGGGUUGUAAAAAUAAGACCCACAGUACGGAACGUCAUCAAGGGGUGUCUGGUCUGCCAGAUAAGAAGAAAGAAGCCAGCAAGCCUAGCGCAUCACGCUCGCCCCUUUACCUACACAGGGCUGGACUACUUCGGCCCCAUUGAAACCACAGUCGGACGGCACCGAGAAAAACGGUACGGCGCCCUCUUCACGUGUAUGACAUCACGAGCCAUACACAUUGAAGUGGUGCAUACCCUCGGCACUCAUUCAGCCAUCGCCGCCCUAAGGAGGUUCAUGGCUCGGCGAGGUUGUCCAACGGAAAUAUGGAGCGACAACGCUACGUGUUUCAAGGCAGCUGAAAAGGAACUCAAGGCGGCUAUGGCAGCACUAGAAGAGGAGGCCACCAACCGCAGCAUCGCGUGGAGGUACAUCCCACCCGCUGCUCCCUUCAUGGGCGGGGUAUGGGAACGCAUGGUGCGGUCAGUAAAGGAAGCCCUACGAGUUACGCUGCACGAGCGUUAUCCCACAGACGAGACAUUGGUGACCCUGCUAGCCGAGGUGGAGAAUACAGUCAACUCCCGACCUCUCACUCACGUGUCCGUCACACCGAGCGAUCCGGAGGCAUUAACACCGAACCAUAUCCUGAUCGGCCCCAACUCACACGUGCCUAAUCCCGGAGUGUUCAACAAAGGAGAUAUGAACGCACGACAUCAUUGGCGACGAGCACAAGCGUUAGCAGAUGAGUUCUGGAGGCGCUGGGUGGUGGAAUACCUACCCUUACUUCAACACCGGCGGGAGCCCCGAGGUACCGGUGUUCCCCCCAAGGUUGGCGACAUAGUCAUCAUAUGCGACCCCAACCUACCCCGAAAUACAUGGCCACGGGGACGCGUUGUGAAGACCUACCCCGGGAAAGAUAACCCCAACACGGUGCGAGUGGUAGACAUCACAACGAGCAACGGGCGCACCCUGAGAAGACCAACAAAACGAAUCGUCGUGCUACCAGUAGAAUCGCAGGAUAGCGACGGCGGGAGAAAUGUACACGACGGAAUCAAUUAG